CGUCCGCGCACUUCGCUGUCGCUCUGAUGACAUGUGCCACGCUUCAAAGCUGAUCACAACGAUCAAGAAUCACACAGAUCCUGUUGCCAGCCCCUGCGUUGUAGCAUCGGAAAGGGAGUGUUUCCACGACUGCGUGAACGAAACCAUCAAUCGACUGAACGCGCCCGGAGACCAAUAUGGCAGACGUCACCUCUCAGCUGCAACAACUCCAGAAUGCGUCCGCCACGCAGCGACCUGAAGGCUACAACAAUUUGCUUGAUUCAAUUAUCGCCAAGAACGAAGACCUGGGAUCAAAUUUGGUCGCAUAUGUGCAAAGCAUCACAUCAGACAACAUCGGUGUCAUCAGCUCGCGACCUUUGUUGACAUCUUUCGUGACUCGAUUCCGAACUAUUUCAGAUAACGAUACCAAAAUCGAAGCAGGGAGCCAAAUAGUGGAGAUCCUUGCGCCGAAAGUCGUCUCGUAUGAACAGCAGGACACAGAGCUGAAGUUUGCGUUAUCAGAUGCCUUCGAAAUAGCUGAAGACUAUCGCGGUUCUGCCAAAGUGCUGCAGACCAUCCUUCUCGAGUCAUCUCAGCGAUCAGUUCAAGAUGAUGAGAAAGCCAAAGUGUGGAUGCGCAUAUGUCGUUGCUACCUAGAGGAAGAGGAUCCCACCAACGCACUCACCUACCUCAACAAGAUCAAACAGAUCUAUCACAACAUUACAGAUCAAGUGACACGGCUACAGUUCCAACUCGCACAAGCCCGCAUCAGCGAUUCACAACGGAACUUCCUGGAUGCAUCAGCGGCGUACCUCGCCAUUUCAAAUCAGACUGCCAUAGACGAAGAGGAGAGACUACGAGCACUAUCAGCAGCGAUUACUUGUGCGAUUUUGGCGCCUGCCGGACCUUUGCGCGGACGGCAGCUCGGGAAACUCUACAAGGACGACCGCGCCGUCGAUACACCCGAACACGCUAUACUUGAGAAAAUUUUCUUGGAUCGGAUCUUGAAGCCGGAAGAAGUUCAGAACUUCGCGGCAGGCUUACAGGAACAUCAACUAGCCAAGACAUCGGAUGGGAGCACUGUACUCGACAAGGCUGUGCUUGAGCACAACGUCUUAGCAGUGUCUCGAAUUUACGCCAACAUCACAUUCGCAGCAUUGGGAGCAUUGCUUGGUGUUAACGGUGAGCGGGCAGAGGCAUACGCAUCAGGAAUGAUCGAGAGCAAUCGCCUUCCUGGCAGUAUCGACCAGAUUGCUGGGAUCAUUCACUUCAACACCAAGGAUGGCGGACGACAGACCGGAACAAUUGAUCUUCGAGCAUGGGACGUAAACGUGCAGGGCUUAGCCGAGGAAGUUGAGAAGGCUGCGACGCUGCUCCAGAGGGAGGAGCCUGAAUGGUACGACCGCCAGCAAAGCCAGGCUGUAUAAUGGUCAUCUGUCAGGAUUGUGUAAGCUGGAGAUGCGUUGACCAUGGCCUUUACUUCGCACACUCAGGGUCACUUGGAGUAUGGUACUUCCAUGUCAUUGACAGGCCCUGUCCAUGUCUCGUGUUGAGGCAAUUCAUUCAAAGUAGCGAAGGGCGUUGCCCCCAUCGGCCAAAAAGCCCUGUGUUCGUAUAGUCAAUUACACCCUUAUCCCGUCCGCUUCUUAAUGUACACAACAAACGAAGCAGAGCAUGCAUGUGCUCACACAUCUAGCUCUUUCUAUCCUCG